AUGGAUUAUGUGUUUGCUGUCACUGAAUCUCUCGAUCCUCGCUCUUGGAAGGAGGCUAUGUCCCGUCCUGAUGCGAAUAAAUGGAUCAAAGCGGCUCAUGAGGAGCUCGAGGCUCUUCUGAAGAACGGCACAUGGCAGGUCGUGCGUCUUCCCCAAGGCAAAACGGUGCUCGGGAAUAAGUGGGUAUUCAAGACGAAGAAGGAUGCCACGGGAAAUGUCGAGAGACACAAAGUCAGACUCGUCGCAAAAGGAUUCCUUCAGAAGCAGGGCGUCGAUUUUGACGAGACCUUCGCACCGACUGGAAGCCUGGCAGCACUUCGCACUGUCAUUGCCACCGCGACCGAGCUCGAUUGGGAGAUUCACUCAAUCGAUAUCUCUUCGGCUUUCCUAAACGGUGACAUGGAUGCUGAGGUUUACAUGGAACUACCUGAAGGCGUUAAGAUUCCGCUGGGCGAACUUGACGGCUUAGAGGAGGGAAGUGUGAAAUCUCUCCGCCUCCUCAAGGCACUCUAUGGCCUGAAACAAGCCGGACGUCGAUGGUCGGUGAAGCUCCAUCAGGCUCUCACAAAGCUAGGCUUCGUCCGCACCGUGCUGGAACCCUCGUGUUACCUAUACGAGAAAGAAGGCAUAAAACUCGUCGUUCCGGUCUAUGUUGACGACCUCACGUGCGCGUGUGCGUCGCAAGUGCUAAUUAGGUGGUUCAAGGACGCUCUCGAGAAGGAAUUCGAUCUUCGAUACAUGAAGGAGACAAAAUUUGUCCUUGGUAUCGCUGUCGACCGUGACCGAAAGUUGGGCAAGACGUUCUUAUCUCAAACGAGCUACAUCAAAGAGAUCUCAUACGCCUUCUUCGGCACGCGCAACGUCCACCCACUCUCAACUCCGAUUGCUCCUGGUCUAAAACUCACCAACGAAGACGCGCCACAGACUCCGAACACCGCGGACGUCAAGCGAAUUCAGGAGUACACCGGCAAGCUCCUAUACCUUCAACGAGCCACGAGACCCGACAUCGCGUUCGCUCUUCAUCAAAUCUGCCGUUUCACUCAGAACCCGGGUCGCGUCGUGAUGGAAGCUCUCAAUGGCCUCAUGCGAUACGUCCAUGGGUCAAUGCAUCUUCGUCUCACAUACACGCGCAGUGGGAAGAACGAGCCACAAGCAUUCGAAACAUUCAGCGACUCGGACCAUGGUGGCGAUCCAGUCACGCAUCGAUCAACGGGCGGAUUCGCAGUUAUGAUGUGCUCUGGAGCAGUUAAUUGGGGCUCGAAGCUUCACAAAACUGUCUCGCUUUCGUCCACUGAGGCCGAGUACAUCACUGCGUCGAUCGUCGGAUGCGAUAUCAUGUGGCAACGCGGAUUCCUCGAAGAACUUGGCUUCCCUUCUACCGGGCCGUCUCCUAUCUAUCUCGACAGCAACUCUGCUGCGCAAGUCGUUCGCAAUCCUGAACAUCAGAGCACGAUGAAACAAGUCAAUCGUCGCUACCAUUGGAUUCGCGAGCGCGUAGCGAAGGAGACAUCGAAGUUCGUCGCGUAG